AUGUCGGAAGAGAUACAACCGCUAUUACGUGAUGAAGAACAGCAUUCUGUAUACUCAGAAUCGUGUCGAGGAAUAGCAAGAAGCGAUAUUACUGGGAAACCUAAGAUGGGAAGUUCAAAUGUUGCUCCAGGUCCUCCAGUAAAUAAGACUACCCCCAGUGUUGAUCCUUCUAUAACCAUUCCUAAUGUGGAUAAAUCAGCCACCAUGAGUAGUAGAAACAGAUAUGUUCCAACUACCCCUAAAGUUGCUACUACUACUACUACUACUACCAGAGAUGCCAACCCCAGCGUACCCAAUAUUACGGGUAAUAAAGUUGGACCUCAAAGAACAUCCAGGACCGCUCAGAAACUAAAAUUGUUGCCCGAUGAACCGUUUAAACGAGGAGAAGACGGUGAAGAUGACAUUUUAGACAGAGAAGUCUACUCUCAAGUAAAUCGUAUCACAGAUAAGCCUGCUCGGAGGGACGCUGAGAAACUUGGAAAGUCGCAUAGGCAUCUAUUGCCACGAGUGACGGCCUAUUGUACCGCUAGCUCUUAUAAUAUGAAAGAACUAGUAAGGUGGCUAAAAGAUUGCAAACGUACUCAUCAUACACAUCAAAAGUUAUUUGAUGAGUGUCUUUAUACGCCGUUCAUAUAUACAGAUUGGAGAGGGGACAAAAGAUUUGAACAUGAAGAUGUUAUACGGUUAGAUGACGAAGGUGGUGAAAUUAAUGUUAGUGAUAAGCAACCAGAUCUAUUUAUUUUUGCAUAUGGAGUAGUAGUCAUGUGGGGGUUCACAGAGAGAGAAGAGAAAGCAUUCCUAAACGAUCUUGAGAAAUUUGAAAAGGAGAAGUUAGCAGAAGAAGAUGUUCAAGUGGAAGAGUUUAAUUACUAUAUUACACAGAGUUACCAACCUAGAAUUUACAACGAUUUUAUCACACUACGUGACGGCUCAAAUUAUAUGAUCAAAUUGUCAAUAUCUCACGCUGCAGCUCAAAGUGUGAAAAUCUCAUUAUUUGAGGAAUUAGUUGACAAUACUAUUGAGGAUACCCAAGACAUUCCACAAGAAAUUGCAUCAAGUGGGAAAGUUUCGAUGAGUAAAGCUGAUAUUAUGAAAAGUAUAGGAGAAUUGUUUAUCUUGAGAAUUAAUAUAAACUUGCAUGGUUCUAUUCUAGAUUCUCCAGAAAUAAUGUGGUCUGAACCACAGUUAGAACCGAUAUAUCAGGCUACGAGAGGCUAUUUGGAAAUAAAUCAGCGUGUGGCUUUGCUAAAUCAAAGAUUAGAGGUUGUAAGUGAUUUAUUGCAGAUGUUGAAAGAACAACUAGGCCAUUCUCAUGAAGAGAAUCUAGAGUUUAUCGUUCUCUUAUUGCUUGCUGUGGAGGUUCUGAUAUCGGUAGUGAACAUUGUAGUUGACUUACUUGCCGAUAUCAAAUAG